AUGUUCAACACUACUAGAGCUUUGGGAGUCACAUACAAGGGGAUUUCCCUAGAGAUAUUAGCUAAGGAAGCUGGGACCGGAUAUAGUAACACUGUUAAGGCAUAUCCGGCGGUUGUGGAAGCAAAAGUUCAAAUGUUGAAGCUGAAAUUGCAAAGGGACACAAAGCCUCAUCCAUCAAACAGAGAUAAGAACGAUAUAAAAGAUAUUAUGACCAUUGGAUAUCAUACCAAAAAGGGAACAAGGUACUUGUCGAUCCACGCACAUGAAGACGGCACUUGGAAGGAGUUUUUAUCGCGAGCAGGUAAACACGGUUCUGCCUCGCAGCAGACAGAGAAUUAA